AUGAUGGACGGCAGUAUGUUCAUAGAUGAAUGGCAUCCAAGCGACCACUAUAUGUCAGAAGACCUCACACGCCCGGCCAGGCACCGUACGCGCACGCAGUCUCCGCCACGAUAUUACUACAUAGACUUUGGUAUCUCUCGUAAAUAUGAUGCAUCCAACACCAACCCGUUGGAAUUACCUAUAUAUGGUGGAGAUAAAGAAGUGCCAGAAUUCAAGGAAGACUACAGCAAACCUUGGAACCCUUUCCCGACUGAUGUUUGGUAUCUUGGGCGUGCUAUUCAAGAAACAUUUCUCGACCGCUACACAGGUGUGGAAUUCCUGAGCGGUCUAGUAUCAGACAUGAUGCACUCGGAUCCAGCACAACGCCCGAACAUGGACGAAGUUUUUUCUCAAUUCCAGGUUCUACGCCAGGGCUUUAGCAGCUGCAAAUUACGUUCUCGGGUGGCUCAUGAUGAAAAGAGAUCUGUUUUUCAUUUCCUACUUCACUGGGCCCGUCGCAUUCAGUACAUUGUACGCAGGAUUCCCCCAACGCAUACCUCGCUGGCAUAG